GCGCGCUCUCCAGGCCGCGAGGGCGCGCUGUGCGCCUCUGUGCCGGGUCUGGCGCGUCCCGGCCCGGCGGGGGAAGGAGAGCAGCAAGGGCGCCGAGGUGAGCAGAGCCCGCAGCCGGGCGCCCGCGCAGCCACCGGUCGCUUUUCCGUGUCGGCAGCGAAUCCCCUUCCUUCGCUGCGUCAGCUGCGCGGCUUGCUUCAGGGCCGGUUGGCCGGGGCUGCCCGGAGGCCGCGGCCGGGCAGCUGUUGCGCCAAGGGGGACAGCUGCGGAGUUCCAUAACCAUAGCAACCGCAUCAGCACCGCGGUGGCGGCGGGGAGGGCAGCAUCCUCUCCUCUUGCCCCUCCUCCAGGUAGCCCUGCUGCCCGCGGGGACCAGGGUCGGAGACCCAGCUCACAGGUGCCGGACUCCCAGGUCCGCCCACCGCUGCUGCAAGUGUUGGCGCUGAAGAAGGUGACAGAGGAGCUAGGGACCUCGGAGUGGUGCCCAGAGGCGGCGGCAGAGGGGAGCCCUGCGGUGGAGACAGGUAAUGAACCAAGAAGAUCAUGUCUGAGGUACAAGGGACGGUAGAGUUUUCUGUGGAGCUCCAUAAGUUCUAUAACGUGGAUCUGUUCCACAGAGGGUAUUACCAGAUCCGCGUGGCUUUGAAGGUGUCCUCAAGGAUCCCCCACAGACUGAGCGCCUCCGUCGUUGGGCAGACAGAGGCCGGCAGCCUGCACGCGGCCUGCGUCCACGAGAGCACCGUGCACAGCCGCGUCUUCCAGAUCCUGUACAGGAACGAGGAGGUGCCCAUAGGCGACGCCGCCGUCUUCCGGGCUCACCUGCUGCUGGACGGUGAACGGGUGGAAGAGGCCCUGAGUGAAGUCGACUUUGAGCUCAAGGUGGACCUGCACUUCACGGACAGCGAGCAGCAGCUGCGGGACGCGGCGGGGGCCCCUGUGAUCAGCAGCCGGACGCUCGGCUUACACUUCCACCCCCGCCGAGGCCUGCACCACCAGGUGCCCGUCAUGUUCGACUAUUUCCACCUGUCGGUGAUCUCGGUGACCGUCCACGCUGCCCUGGUGGCCCUGCAGCAGCCCCUGAUCAGUUUUACUCGCCCAGGAAGAGGCUCCUGGCUUGGAAAGGGCAGCCCGGACGCGGGCCCGGAGCAGUCCAGCCUUUCUCUGGAGAACCUGGUCUUCGGAGCUGGAUACUGCAAGCCGACUUCUUCCGAGGGCAGCUUCUACGUGCCCUCGGAGAACUGCAUGCAGCGCGCUCACAAGUGGCACCGGGGGCUGUGCCUGCUGCUCCUGCACGCCUACCGGGGGCUCCGCGCCUACUUCCUGCUCAUCAUGAGGGAUGUCCCGGAGCUGCCACACAUGGAGCUGGAGUCCCUCGCUGUUGAAGAAACGCUGAAUCGGCUGUGCUUGGAGCUACAGAUGCUGAACAACCCGGAGAAGAUAGCCGAUCAGAUAAGCAAGGACCUCGCCUGGCUGGCCGCCCACCUGAUGGCCCUGUGGACCCAGUUCCUAGACACGGUGACGCUGCACUCCCACGUGACCGCUUUCCUCACGCAGGAGCAUCACACCCUGCGGGGGACACCUGCCCAUGAGGGGAGCGGUGCAUGUGACUCUCACCCUCAGGUGCGGAGGUUCUCCGAGGCCUUCUUCUACAUGGAGCACCACAAGCUCGCCGUCCUGACCUUCCAGGAGAACCUGGUGCAGUCGCACAGCCAGCUGUCCCUGGACCUGCGGAACUCGGAGUACCUGAGCACCAUGCCCCCGCUGCCCGCCGAGUGCCUGGACAUAGAUGGAGACGGCAGCACCCUGCCCGUCAUCUUCGAGGACAGAUACGUGGACUGCCCCAUGCCAGCCACAAGUCCCGCCAAAAUGAGUUUAAAAGACAGAGAAGAGGACCCUCUUGUAAACAGAAAGUCAUCUUUUCGGGAAAACCUCACCCUGCCCACCCCGAAACCACCCCAAAUGGGCUGCGAUGAAGAGGUGCUUCGUGGGCCGGCGUCAGAGGAAGAGGUGGGCACCCCAAGUCCUGCGGACGUGCUUUCCGAGUCUCAGGUGUAUCUGACGAUUGGGGAGUCCCCGGACACAGCAGCUGUGCCUGCAGGUGAAGGUCGCACUGGCCAGAGGGCUGAUGUUGGGGUGGAUUCACUGGCAGAUGACGACCCGCCCGGAGGGAGUCCAGGCCCAGAGGAUGGCUGGGGCCCGACGCUGGCCUACCUCGAGGUCAAGUCCAGCAGUAAGCACCCAGGCCGAGCUGAACCCACAGUGGCCACGAGUGACCAGCACGGGGGUGGGCGCGUCCGUGAGAACCGUGAACUGGACAGCACUCUGCCAAGCACAGCGCUGGCAGGCGGGAGUCGUCAGCCUGCCGUCUCGUGGGAGAAAACCCCGCUCCUGGAGUCAAGGGCUCCUGGGAAGGGAGCCGACCAGGAGGCCAAGACGCUGCUGCUAAGUCUGAAGCCCUUCCCCAGGGAGCCUUGCGGGCCACUGAGCUCUGCUCUGAGGGAUCCCCCGGAGGCCAGGGCUGCCCCGAGGGACCCUCCCCCAGAGGAGCAGGAGGAAGGGUCCGUGCUGUCCGGGGUCAUCAAGAGAUCGUUCUCCUUCAUCUCGGAUUCGGGCAUUGAGAGUGAGCCGAGCUCCGUGGCCUGGUCCGAGGCCCGGGGCCGGGCCCUGGAGGCGCCCAGUGACCGGGAAGUGUCACACCCGCUGCUUCGCAGACACACCCCGCACAGGAACUCCCUGGAGGGCGGGCACACGGAGAGCAGCCUGAGCUUGCCCAGCGGGAUCCAGGCGUCCCUCACCUCCAUCAGCUCCCUGCCUUUCGAGGAGGAGGAGCGGGAGCUGGCGCUGCUCACCAAGCUGACCAAGUCGGCGUCGGCGCCCCAGAUCAGUAGCCCAGAGGAGGGCGCUGAAGACGCGGGCGCCAUGCGGCCAGGCGCAGGUCCUGCUGAAACUCCGGGCCAGCUGGCCAGCAGCAUAGAAGCUUCAGGACAGGUCCGUCCACCCAGCGAUGGGGGAUCCAGCAUCCAGGACACAGGGGCUGGCCCUUCCCUCGUGGAGGUGGCUCUAGACGCUGACCAGCAGGGCGCGGGUUACCUCGACAUCCCCCAGGAUAAAGGGGCUCGCGUUGACCCUCCAGGGCCCCGCAGACCUGAUGGCAGGACUGAGAACCCUCCAGGAGCUGGAACCAAAGGUGUUCACUUAGAAAUACCACGAGGCAAAGCACGGGCAAGCCCGAGGGACAGAGCUUUUCCUGGAGUGCAGACGGAGGCCCCAGAGCGCAUGCCUGCAGACGCGGGUGUGGGGAGUAGCCCGCGGUCCCACGGCGGCAGGUCGGACAUGGCGAGCCUCCCUGACCAUGCGGUGCCCGCACUGAGUCGCCCGCCAGCUGUGGAUGCCGCUGACCUGGGGUCAACAGGCCAGCGGAGGGGCUCCCCUCGCAUCAUUGAGGAGGCGGCGUUUGGGAGAGGAGCUCACACCAUGGACCGGGGACACCAGGCAGGUGCCCCAUGCCCCGCUGUGACUCACUCCAUUCACUCCCAAAUCCUGGGACCCCAGGAGCCCAGGGCGGGCACUUCUGCCAUGGGGUCCCCCCUCGCCCCCGCAGAGGCCUUCUCUCCCGACAGCCUGAAAGCUGUGGAGGUCGUCAACUUGUCUGUGUCCUGCACUGCCACGUGUCUCCCGUUCUCGUCGGUGCCCAAGGAGACCCCUGCCAGGGCUGGCUUCUCUUCCAGACAGACCCCCCUCCCCAUCACGCACCAGCCUCUGGGGUCCUUCGGGGCUGUUUCUACCCAUCCGAGCGCGCUAGAGGAAGGCGUCAGCGAGAGAAUGUUCAGUUUCUAUCAGGCCAAAGAGAAAUUUAAAAAAGAACUGAAGAUUGAUGGAUUUCUGUACAGUGACUUAUCGGUACUAGCUUCUGACAUGCCGUAUUUCCCACCAGAGGAAGAGGAGGAGAACUUGGAGGACGGGAUUCACCUGGUAGUCUGUGUCCAUGGCCUGGAUGGGAACAGUGCGGACCUCCGGCUGGUAAAGACCUUCAUAGAACUGGGGCUCCCUGGAGGCAAACUGGACUUCCUGAUGUCUGAGAAGAACCAGAUGGACACGUUUGCCGACUUUGACACCAUGACGGACCGGCUGCUGGAUGAGAUCAUCCAGCACAUCCAGCUGUACAGCCUCUCCAUCGCCCGGAUCAGCUUCAUCGGCCAUUCUCUGGGCAACAUCAUCAUCCGCUCGGUCCUCACGAGGCCCCGGUUCCGCUAUUACCUCAGCAAGCUGCACACCUUCCUGUCGCUGUCCGGGCCGCACCUGGGGACCCUGUACAACAACAGCACCCUGGUCAGUACAGGCUUGUGGCUCAUGCAGAAGCUGAAGAAGUCGGGCUCCCUCCUGCAGCUCACCUUCAGGGAUAACGCCGAUCUGCGCAAGUGUUUCCUCUACCAGCUCAGCCAGAAGACAGGUCUGCAGUAUUUUAAAAAUGUCGUGCUGGUGGCUUCACCCCAAGAUCGCUACGUGCCAUUUCACUCCGCCAGGAUCGAAAUGUGCAAAACCGCCCUCAAGGACAGGCACACAGGGCCUGUUUAUGCAGAAAUGAUCAACAACCUCUUGCGCCCCCUGGUGGAAGCCAAGGACUGCACGCUGAUCCGGCACAACGUGUUCCACGCGCUGCCCAACACCGCCAACACCCUGAUCGGGCGCGCAGCACACAUUGCAGUGCUGGACUCCGAGCUGUUCCUGGAGAAGUUCUUCCUGGUGGUGGGACUCAACUACUUCAAGUAGAGGCCGGAGCCGCCGGCCCGCCCAAGGCCCACCCGCGGGAGCUUGGCCCUUCCAGCGCGGAGCCGAGAGGAGGCCUGAGGGACGCAGGAGGGCGGACCGGUACCCAAACUUCCAUUUGGGAGGUUUGGGAAAGCCCGGAACCACAGGGAUCAAAACAGGCUUUGCCCCAACCUGUCUGGCCACCUGGAGGCUCCUCCAUCCGAGAUGCUCUCUAGAGAAAAUGCGAGAAAAUAAAGCCACAGAACUUGGAGCUGGGGAGCCCACCUUUGUAACCCGCAGCGGUUGGCAGGGGGCGGGCGCACUCCACCUUCACCAGGCGUGUCCAGCACGUGGCUAGCGCAUAGCUUUAUCAUUUUUCAAAUUAAAGUACCUGCAAACAAGCAUUUCAGAACUCAGGUUAACCUCUGUGCGGAGUGAACAUAUUGGCGUAAAUUGGACCCUCCAUAGCCUCCAUGUGCCACCUUGUUCAAGAACGUGCGAGACCUCGCUCUCCUCUCCUGUUUUCUCAGCAAGGGGGAAGGAGUGCUUUAGAAACCCCAAGUCCACGGCCUCCCAGCGGUGUGUGUGUGGGGGGUGGUGAUUGCAGGUAGGGGGGUGGAAGUGAUGCUAUAGAGGAACCUAGAGAGAGCUGGCCCACUAGCUGCCUCCCUCCUCCUCCAGACCUUGCUGUGCUCAGCCCCGCUCCAUGCAUUAUUGCGAUGGCUCACUCUGUCCGUGGUCGGGAAGAUGGACUUCGACUAAAGCUGGCAGAAGGGGACGCCGAGACUGAUGCGCACGUGUGUGGCGCUCUGGCGGGUGUACUUCCAAAGAAAUGCUAGGUCAGCAUUGGACGCAAUUGCAGAAAAUUAAACCCAUGAACGUGGCCAGCGGCUCCUCCGUCCGUGGAGGGAGAAAGCACCUAAAUGGAGGAAAGCUGGAUUCCACAACCUCGGGAGCUCAGGGAAGGAGCUGGGUGUCUUUCAAUAGCAAGGUCGUCUUGCCUUAGGGAACUAAAGGGCUAUGGAAGGUCACCAUGGAUUAAAAACAACAAAAACCCUACAGGACAGCAGGAGCAAUAGUGAGAUCGGAGGGAAGGACCAUGGUCAGGAGGAGGGUUCUGCAUGCGUUAUUGGUAAGUGGCCUAAGGGAUAGUUUUGAAACUUACCAGAAUGUUUAAUCAGGUCCCCAAGACAGAGUGCACCCUACGGGCUAAAGGAAGCCCAGAGAGCCAUGACCGAGGACGCAGGGAUGACUAACAUGGGAGACCCUUCUGCUGAAGGCGUGAGAGCAGACAGAGAACGCUGAGCAUGUCAUCAUCCCAGAACCCUCCUCCUGCUUCGGCAGCAUUCCCUUAGAAAGUGUGGAAACUGGCCCCUGACCGCAGGCCGUGAAGCCAAGCAAACGCGGGCUCGCCCCUCCCGUGGCCACAGCGUGGCGUUGGCAACCCCGUGCAGAGGCUGGAGAUGUGUGCAGAGGCGACUUUGCAGGAGAGCAGAGUGGGCCUCGAGAAAGAACGAGAUGGGGGCAGGCGAUGGAUGAUCUGCAAAGGCAGAUCCCACCAAGGGGUGAGGGCUUCCCUCGGGGCCUCCGCUCUCUCAUCUGUUCUUUCUCUCUGCGGGGCAGGGGGUCCUUUGGGUAUUAAGUUCCCGAUGGGCAUAGACUCCCCUACCCACGAGCAGUGCCAGCCUUCCCCAGGAGGGAUUCGGUUCCUGCAGUGUAGCGCAGGCUGCUAUACGCCCUGCCUGGACUAGCGCCCCAGCCAGGGCAGGGCCCCGGGUUUGUAGCAACUUCUCCUUUUCCGGCCGGAGGGGGAGUCCGUGCAUUUCACUGUGUGCUCCCACUUCCAUCAGCACCGUGUCAUUCCCUGGUCGUCGGAAGACCGACCGCAUCGCCGCUGGUCAGGGUGACUCUGAAGACUACUGUCCUUCCCCCAAACCAGAUGCCAUUUUUAACUACAAUCUGCUGUCUGGACCUCGCGAGAACUCGUGGCAAUAAACGUCCAGCCGCGUGGGGCGCCUCUUUUUUACAGGGGAGCUCCGCUGUCUUUGUAACCCUGCUCUGGCCUCUGAGCAUCCAUUCUAACUUUAGAAAGUCCAUCUCUGUAUGUAAAUAAGAGUGCCAAGUGUCACAUGUCUUGCCUCAUUUGAAAAGGGUUUUUUAUGUCUCUUUCUAUUGAAGUAUAGAUAUCUAAUAUAUAUACAUGUGUAUAUGUAUAUAUAUACAUAUAUAUACACACAUAAUAUAUAAAUAUAUAAUGUAAAACAGUGACAUUCUAUUAUUGAUGAUAAAAAUUAUAAACAAAAUGCCUGCCA